GUGGUUUUAACAGACAUAGCGUUGUGACGUCAAAAAUGUUAGCGUUGAAACAGCGUCACGUCGCCACGUCACGACCUUGGUAACGACGGAACAGAUUGAGCAGCUUUUACCAUACAAGUUUUACUCAAGAAAAGAUACUUUGUCUAGAUUACCAAAGAAGCCCAGAUUUCCGCGUACGGUGUGGGUUCGGAAACCCAUGUUAACCGCAGGGAACAAUGUUUGGUUCCCGCACAGGGGUUGCAAGAAUCUUGUUUUGCCGUAUCAUAUAAACGUUGACAGUAUGAAAUUAGACAGUAAAUUAUUUAAUCCAGCAGCACUGGCUGAAAUUAAUACAGACGUUGGUGCUCAAGGAAUGGACACAGCAUUGAUUAAAACUGGUACAGCUGUUGAUGCUCGACAAGUAAAUAUAUCGUGGAGUGAAACUGGUACAAGCGUUGAUUCUCCACAAGUAAAUAUAUCGUGGAGUGAAACUGGUACAAGCGUUGAUCCUCGACAAGUAAAUAUAUCGUGGAGUGAAACUGGUACAAGCGUUGAUCCUCGACAAGUAAAUAUAUCGUGGAGUGAAACUGGUACAAGCGUUGAUCCUCGACAAGUAGAUAUAUCGUGGAGUGAAACUGGUACAAGCGUUGAUGCUCUAAACGAUACAGCAUUGACUGAAAUUGGUACAAGCGUUGAUGCUCCACCAGUAGAUACAGCACUGUUUGAAAUUGGUACAAGCGUGGAUGCUCCACAAGUAGAUGCAGCACUGUUUGAAAUUGGUACAAGCGUUGAUGCUCCACAAGAGGAUACAACACUUACUGAAACUGGUACAAGUGUGGAUCCGCCACAAAGUAAAGCGUUGACUGAAACUGGUACAAGCGUUGAUAUGCCACGAGUGUAUACAGUUUAGAUUGCUAAUUCGCGUCCAUGUCCACACAUUUAUUAAAGUUUUCAUGCA